UUCAACUGCUACAAACACCAUCAAAUCAUCAAUUAUUGAGGGUUUGCAUAGAUUCAUCACCAUGAAGAAACAAGCAGUAGCAUCACUACUUUCCCUUUCUUUCCUCCUCCUCUUAGCCUUUCCUUUAGCCUACUCACAGACUGUUUUCAUACCUGUGAAGGACAUUCAUGGCAACGACGUUGUCACCGGUAUCCCUUACCAAAUUCGGCAACUUACACCUGGAAACCCAACCCCACAUGGCGGCGGACUUAUACACGGCAAAACUGGGAACUCAACGUGCCCAGUUUCUGUCGCAUAUAACACCGGUUUAAUGUUUGGUUCUCCGGUGAAGUUCAGCAUACCGGAAUGGGCAAACACCCCCGGCAAAAUAGUCCCCCAAGGUAUCCCAUUGGAGAUUGAGUUCUCGGAUGAGAACCCACUAGAGUGUGCUUCAUCAUCCGAAUGGAUGGUUUAUGGUGACAAUAUUGAGACCCAAAAAGCUGUUCUGGGCAUUGGUGGUCCUUUGGACCACCCUGACCAAAAUACACUAUUUGGGUAUUUUAACAUCCAAGAGUCUCAAGUUGGAUACAGAUUUAUGUUCUGUUAUAUGUUCCAGGGUUCACCUCUUUGUUCUGAUGUUGGGACCCACCUUCAAAACUAUCCGGCUUCCCUUCUUGUUCUUACUGCUGGUAACCUCAUGAGUGACCCCGUCUUCUACUUUGGCCUUGAAAAAACCGAUUCAGACUCUUCUGGAAUUAUCAAGACUGUUGCCUACUGAAUCAAGCAUGUAUAGAGCUAUCAUGGCUAUGUUCAUGAUGUGCUUUUAAAUGAAUAAUAAUGAUGUAAGUUUCUGUUAUUGGUUGCUGGAAGCAAAAGUUCAACCCAUGCAUGCUUGCGUUGAACAUAUGAUGUACUAUGUAAUGUAAUAAAUAAAAAAUGGGAAAGUAUGAGGAGCCAAUGAGAUAUUUAUACAAUGUGUACAAUGGAAGUUUAUAGAGUAU